AUAAACACGAAAAUCUGGACCACCAGAGUAAAGCAACUGCAAAAUGCACAUCAGGAAAGUGAACUGGAUUUGUAAUGUAAUGUGGACGGGGUUAGCAGGCUGAGUUUUCUACUGCGACUAUCCGCGCGCCAUAGAAGGCCAUUGACGUCAGAUAGCGAAGCCCCGCCCCCUCAUCCUGUCCUGUAUGAAUUAGUGUCAGUGGUAUGGCCAAGACGCACACAGCGAUCAGACAUUCACAAUAGGAGCUCCGGCGUAGCAAAUGGCUAAAACCUACGAUUACCUCUUCAAGCUCUUGCUCAUAGGAGACAGCGGAGUUGGAAAGACGUGUCUUCUGUUCCGCUUCAGCGAGGACGCGUUCAACACCACCUUCAUCUCUACAAUCGGAAUUGACUUCAAAAUCAGGACUAUAGAGUUAAAUGGAAAGAAAAUCAAACUCCAGAUAUGGGACACAGCAGGACAGGAGAGAUUUAGGACCAUCACUACGGCAUAUUACAGAGGAGCAAUGGGCAUUAUGUUAGUAUAUGAUAUCACUAGUGAAAAGUCCUUUGAAAACAUCAAGAACUGGAUUCGCAAUAUUGAGGAGCAUGCAUCAUCAGAUGUAGAGCGGAUGAUCCUUGGAAAUAAAUGUGACAUGAACGACAAGAGACAGGUCUCUAAGGAGAGAGGGGAGAAGUUGGCAAUAGAUUAUGGAAUCAAGUUUUUAGAAACCAGUGCAAAAACUAGCAUCAAUGUGGAAGAGGCGUUUUUCACUCUAGCGAGAGACAUUAUGGCCAGACUCAACAGAAAAAUGAAUGAUGGCAGCAAUACAGAUGGUGGAGCACCAAUUAAGAUCACAGAGAAACGUUCCAAGAAGCACAGCUUAUUCAGAUGCACACUCAUAUAAUGGACUCCUGUGAGUGGAAUGCAUCUAUGGACUUAAUCUCUCUAGCUGCAGAAUCAGCUGGUAUGGAAGGUCAUGUGAGCCUCUACUGAGAAGUGUGCACUCAAGUUCUUAAUGAACAAGGAGAUUCCUGUUCAUAUAGACCAACCAUUGAGUUGGCAAAAAGGAUACUGGAGGGGUUCGAAGUACCUAGUUUGUGAAAUGUCUUGUUAUUUCUUUUGGCCUUUUUGUGAUAAUCACAGCACAUGUUUGGGUUUGACUGUCUUUUUUUGUAAUAUCAAAGCUUGAAUGAUUCUUUUUAUAGAGCUUUUAUUCAUAUUUUAUAAAGCUUUUAUAAGCAUAACAUAACAGUGUUAUACUGCCAUUACACAUUACAUUUAUGAGCAGAUGAUUAUCUCUAAAAUCUAUAGUAUAACUAAAUUGUGUAUAAUUUAAAGGGCACAUUUUAAAGAUUUAAAUGGAUUUGGAAUUGGAACAGAUUUUAUAUAUAAUGGAAAAUGUCUCUGGGUUUGUCUCACAGGCACAUAACCAUGUAUAGCACUGACAGAGAUCCUGCACACCCCAGAGUGUGGAGACUCAAAUAUAGAACAUGACAGCUGAAGAGCAUGAUGGGUAAAGGUACACGUGUACAGUCUGUCCAUGUGUCUGUAAAGCAGCAGCAGCAAAUCAAAUCCGAGACAUGACGUAUAUAGCACACGUUAGGCCAGGGGUCCUAGCUGUGGUAAUGUCUAUUUGAAAGUCCAACACAGCUAGCUGAUUUUCUUGUUGAAAGACACCUAAUUGAACUUAUCAGUCAAUGGACAGGUUUAGUCAGUGUGUGAAAGGGGUGAAAUUACUAAACUGUGCUGCACUUUGGUCCUACAUGGUAGGAAGGGUGGCAUUAUUUAAAUGUAUCUCUGGUUAAUUAAUUCAUCUUUAAAAAAAAAUAGCUUGUGUGACUGAUUUGGCGAAGGUUUGCAUGUUUGAUAUUGACCUCUGAGGAAUUAUUUAAAAUAUCUGUAUAUGAAUGUAUAGGACAGCCACUAAUGCAUGCUUUUAUUGUUGUAUGUAUAAUGUGCUAUUAAUUUUACAUGUUGGCAUUCUUGCUGCUAUGUAUAUUAACAACAUACCAUCUAUUCUUAUUGCUGUUUGUUAAAAGCCCAAAGUACUUUUGGUUUACAUAUGCCAUAACCUGUGAUCUCUAUUACUAGUAGCUCUUUGAAGGAAAGUACAAUUAUCAAAUAGACAGUUAUGUGUUGCAGUGUGUGCUGUGUGUCUAUUUGUGUUUGGGUGAAUUCAUGUCAGUAUCUAUGUGUUCUGUACCCAGUUACAUGGCAUAAGUAGCAUUUAUUUCACUGGUGCCACUGCUCUUAAUGUAGUUGAAAUUUGAGGGUGAAUGUCUGCAAAUAGAAUUGAAGUGUUUCAGUUGCACUAAUGUUUCAGAAGAUGGAAAGUUUCCAGAAUAGUCUGACCGAUUGAGUCAGCAAUAAAAAGUUCUUGCUAAGAUUUUUGUUUCCUCUUUCCAGCUCAAGAAUUGAGGCCUUGAAAAUGUCUGUAAAUCAGUCAGUGUUUUACUCUCUCAGAAACUGCAGUAGCGACUCUGCUUUAGCGCUUACCAUCAAAUACAAGCAAAUGUAGCAUAAUUAUUCCAGUAUUGGUGUUCAGAUGGGACCAUUGUAAUCAGUCUCAUCAUAGGCCAUACAUAUUUGCAGCUGUCUUCUAAAUCGGUUUUUGUGAUUGUUCACAAUGUACUACCAUCUAUCAGUUCAGAAAGGAAAUGUUUCUUAAACAGGCUGUUCAUCCGGUAGGCAAAUGAUUGUUUAAAAAAAGAGAGUGUAUCCUCUAAUUUCUAGUGUGAUUUUUAGUCAGUAUGAAACUUUUUGUACCACGCAUAACCAAAGUAAAUUUGCAUUGCAUUAUGGUG